GAGAUAUCCAGCAUGUUUUUCCUUUUGAUCAAUAUGAGAGUUUAGAGCUUGAGAAACGAUACUGAUUUAAGACAAACGAAUACUACAAAGAAAAAAAAUUAUGGAAAAGUGCAUAUAUUUCAUUCUUUCCUUGUCACUUACUUUAUAUUUAUUAUUGACUUUGUUUGCAAAUCUUGGAAAUUGUACCGCAAACAUUACAGGGAAUCUGUUAACCAUCAUUGGAGUAGCUGGAGAAAAAGUCAAACUCCCGUGUGAUAUAACUCCUCCGACGCCAGAUGAUGACGUUUCGCUUAUUCUUUGGUAUAAAGACGAUUUUGUGGCUCCGAUUUACAGUCUAGACGGGCGUCGAAGGAGGCUGAGCCAAGCUAGACACGCUGUCAAUGAUGCUAUUGCUAGCAGAUCUUACCUGUCGAUCGGACACAAACCAGCAAUGUUGGAACUAAAUCCCGUGACUCUAGAGGAUGACGGUCAUUACAGGUGCCGAGUAGACUUUAAGAAGGCACAAACGAGAAAUGCCGAUUUAAUACUCAGAGUAAUAGUUCCACCUAAAAAACCGAUAAUAACAAAUAAGAAAGGUGAAAUGUUACAGAGUCUAAUUGGGCCAUAUAAUGAAGGUAGUGAACUAGAAUUAAUCUGUGAAGCAGACGGAGGAAAGCCUAGGCCAUCGGUUACUUGGUGGAGAGAGUCUGUUCUAUUAGACGACACUUUCGAACUGACGAGUGACGGUGUUGUAAGAAACGAACUGAAGAUACCUGUACUCCAGAGGAACGAUUUGAUGGCCAUGUUCACAUGUCAAGCUGCCAACAGUAACUUUACGCCCCCUCUGUCAACUGCAGUAACUAUUGACAUGAACUUUAAACCUGUAGAAGUAAAAAUCAAAGGUGAAUUUCGAUCUGUGUCAGCACGUAAACCAGUCGAAAUUGAAUGCAAUAGUAAAGGUUCUCGACCCGCCGCUACUAUCACUUGGUGGAAGGGUAGUACGAGAAUGACAAGUACUAGAGAUAGAUUCUCGCUAGACGGUUCUAAAUCAACAAGUAUAUUAACAUUUACACCAACGUUAGAAGAUAAUGGCAAGUAUUUGUCUUGCCGAGCUGAAAAUCCACACAUUCCUGGAAGUGCUACAGAAGAUGGGUGGACGUUGGAGGUCCACUACGUUCCACAAAUCACAAUGAAAUUGGGAAGUAAAUUAAGGCAUACUCAUAUACAAGAAGGAAAUGAUGUUUAUUUUGAAUGUAAUAUCAGAGCCAAUCCGUGGGUUUCGGAAAUAACUUGGCGAUUAGAAGGGCAACAAAUUCAGACCAACAUAUCUGCUGGAAUAAUCGUUAGUAAUCAAUCCUUAGUUUUACAAAAGGUUCGACGUAUCAGUACAGGAAGGUAUACGUGUAUGGCAACAAAUACCGAAGGAGAAGGCGAAAGUAACCCCAUCCAUCUUAGAGUACAAUAUGCUCCCAUAUGUGUACCAGAUCAAAAACAGUCCUAUGGAGCAGCGAGAGAUGAAAUCGUAAAAGUUUCUUGCGAAUUAGAAGCAGAUCCACCCGAAGUUAAAUUCCGUUGGGAGUUUAAUACCACAUUGGAAUUGGAAGAAAUUUUGGCAUUUUCGGUGGAAGGUACAAGAAGUGUUGCUUUUUAUACUCCUCAUUCCCAAUACGAUUAUGGCUCCUUGUUGUGUUGGGGUAAAAAUGGAGUUGGAAGUCAGAAAGAACCUUGUGUCUUUACUAUUUUCCCUGCAGGUCCUCCAGAAUCUGUGCAAAAUUGUACAGUUAUCAAUAAAACUGAAGAAUCCCUUCAUGUAGAAUGCAUUGAAGGAUACGAUGGGGGUCUUAAACAGCGAUUCUUCAUGGAUGUAUUAGAUGCAGAUUCAGAAGUUGUUCAAACCAGUGUUAAUUCUGAUUUUCCUAUAUUCUUUGCCCACGGAUUAUUACCGGGAGCGAAUCUUUUACUCGUUAUCCAUUCCGUUAACGACAAAGGAAUGAGCCUUCCAGUCCGUUUGCACACAGUAACAUUAACGCCACCGGCAUCUAAUGAAAGGCGAGAUGAUAUUUGGACGUUAGCAUUGAGUCCCAUUCUAAUAGUUCUAAUAGCAGUUGUUGUAGGAAUAUUCCUGGUCGUUAUCGUAAUUUACACUGCUAAAAAACUGAGGAGGAAAUCGUACACGGAAGAAGCCAUGAACCUUAGAAGAAAAAAUUAUAAAUUUCAAAAUCUCUUUUCUAAAGAAGAAGAUGUUUACAAAGAAACUGGGGAAGAAAAAUGUCCUGAUAUCAUACCAGAUAUAAAAGCAGAUAUUUAUGAAAGAGAAGCUAAAGAUAAUAAACUCGUUGUUGAAACUAAGAUUAGUUGUUUAUCGGGGAAGGAGAGAAUUGCAGACAGUUUGAUUGAAAAAGAAAGCGAAUGCACAUCUAAUCAAAACAGAGUGUAUGACAAUUAUACAUCGGAAGUAAUCGCGUUCCAGAAUGCUGUAAGUAACACACCUGACCAUAGAAAAACGAAAGUCCUACCUCUUUCGUUAAAAGAAUUCGAAUCUGGCCAUUGUACAUCAGUAUACUUACCAUUUGUUAAUAGCAGACAAACAGACGUAUGAAAAUUAAAAAUUAUGAAAAAAAUAAUAAUAAUAGGCUCAGAGAUGAGAAAUUCAGAAGUUCGAAAGAAUUUCUGAAAUGAAGUGUAAUGCUUCCUGCACACUCAGGAAACUUGUGCCCACUUCAGUUCCAACACAAAUGGAGUCGGAUCUCCUCGAAUGCCUUGUGACAAGUGAAAUUUUCGACAAUGGACUGACUCAAGCUAUACAAAAAAUAAUAAUAAUAAAAAAUAAACCAUAUUGUGUCAGUUGAGCUCAACAUUUUUUGGCAUUUUGUAAAAAUUCAUUCACAAAAAAAUUUAAAAAAGAAAAAUAUAUCUAUAUAAAUAUAUAAAAAU